GCCCGCCCCACCCGGAGGUCCCGCGUGGAGCUGCCGCCGCCACCGCCGCCGCGGAGGAGGAGGAUGAAGGACAAACAGAAGAGGAAGAAGGAGCGCACGUGGGCCGAGGCCGCGCGCCUGGUGUUAGAAAACUACUCGGAUGCUCCAAUGACACCAAAACAGAUUCUGCAGGUCAUAGAGGCAGAAGGACUGAAGGAAAUGAGAAGUGGGACAUCCCCUCUCGCGUGCCUCAAUGCCAUGCUACAUUCCAACUCAAGAGGAGGAGAAGGACUAUUUUAUAAAUUGCCUGGCCGAAUUAGCCUUUUCACACUCAAGAAGGAUGCUGUGCAGUGGUCUCGAAAUGUAGCUGCAGUGGAUGGAGAAGAACCAGAGGACUCGGCUGAUGUGGAAAGCUGUGGGUCUAAUGAAACCAGCACUGUGAGUGGUGAAAAUGAUGUAUCUCUGGAUGAAACAUCGUCAAAUGCAUCCUGUUCUACAGAGUCUCAGAGCCGUCCCCUUUCCAAUCCCAGGGACAGCCACAGGGCUUCCUCACAGGCAAAUAAACAAAAGAAAAAGACGGGGGUAAUGCUGCCUCGUGUUGUCCUGACUCCUCUGAAGGUAAACGGGGCCCACGUGGAAUCUGCAUCAGGGUUCUCAAGCCGCCAUGCUGAUGGUGAGAGUGGCAGCCCAUCUAGCAGCAGUAGCAGCUCUCUGGCCUUGGGCAGCACUGCUAUUCGAGGUCAGGCUGAGGUCACCCGGGAUCCUGCCCCACUCCUGAGAGGCUUCCGAAAACCAGCUACAGGUCAGAUGAAGCGCAACAGAGGGGAAGAGGUAGAUUUUGAGACACCUGGAUCCAUUCUUGUCAAUACCAACCUCCGAGCUCUGAUAAACUCUCGGACCUUCCAUGCCCUGCCAUCGCACUUCCAGCAGCAACUCCUCUUCCUUCUGCCUGAAGUAGACAGACAGGUGGGGACAGAUGGCCUGUUGCGCCUCAGCAGCAGUGCACUCAAUAACGAGUUUUUCACCCAUGCAGCUCAGAGCUGGCGGGAGCGCCUUGCUGAUGGUGAAUUUACUCACGAGAUGCAAGUCAGAAUAAGGCAGGAAAUGGAAAAGGAGAAGAAGGUGGAACAGUGGAAGGAAAAGUUCUUUGAAGACUACUAUGGACAGAAAUUGGGUUUGACCAAAGAAGAAUCACUGCAGCAAAAAGUGGGUCAGGAGGAGGCCAAAACCAAGAGUGGAUUGUGUGUCCCAAGAGAAUCAGCACGGCCGCAGCGUGGGCAGCGUGGGCCCACUACACGUCAACGGGAUGGGCACUUUAAGAAACGUUCUCGGCCCGAUCUCCGAACCAGAUCCAGAAGGAAUCUGUACAAAAAACAGGAGCCAGAACAAGCAGGGGUUGCUAAGGAUGCAAAUUCUGCACCAGAUGUCUUACUCUCCAAAGAUGGGGAUGCUAAGACUGACUCAAAAGGGAUGAGCAGUCCCCCUGGACCGGAUGUGUCCUCCGCAGCAUCCAGACAGGAGGGUCCUAAGUGUCCCAGUGAAUCUGUGACUUCCCGGAUCCAAGCAGAAACAGACAGUUUGGCAUGUACCUCUACAUCUCCAGACAGAAUCCCUAGCUUACCUCAGGACACUGUGGCUCAAGAGACAAAGGAUCAGAAGAGGAAAUCCUUUGAGCCGUCAGCCUCCACGUCCUUUCCCGAAAAGAAGCCCCGGCUUGAAGAUCGUCAGUCCUUUCGUAACACAAUUGAAAGUGUUCACACCGAAAAGCCACAGCCCACUAAAGAGGAGCCCAAAGUCCCGCCCAUCCGGAUUCAACUUUCACGUAUCAAACCACCCUGGGUGGCUAAAGGUCGGCCCACUUACCAGAUAUGCCCCCGGAUCGUCCCCAUCACAGAGUCCUCCUGCCGGGGUUGGACUGGUGCCAGGACCCUUGCAGACAUUAAAGCCCGUGCUUUGCAGGCCCGAGGGGCGAGAGGCCACCACUGCCAUCGAGAGGCGGCCACCACUGCCAUCGGAGGGGGGGGUGGCCCGGGUGGAGGUAGCAGUGGGGCCAUCGAUGAGGGAGGUGGCAGAGGCGGCGGCAGUGGUGAUGGUGGUGAGGCCUGUGACCACUCUGAGCCCAGGGGAGCCCCAAGCACCUCUGGAAAGGGUGCGCCAAAUCUACAGCGAACACAACUACUGCCGCCUUGUCCUCUGAGUGAAGAGCACACUCCUGCUGAAGCUGUCAUGCCCAGAGCCAGAGGAGAGAACUUGGCUUCACUCAGAAAGGAGGAGUGCUGCCUGUUGCAGAGGGCCCCAGGUGUGCUUACAAGUGGGCUGGAAGAUGCCUCCCAACCCCCUGUUGCUCCCACUGGAGACCAGCCAUGCCAAGCUUUGCCACCACUGUCCUCCCAGACUCCAGUGGCUGAGAAGCUCUCAGAGCAGCCUAAGUUGCUUCUAGAUGGUAGAACUGAGUGCAAGUCUGGUACCCCUUCCUUGGAGAGGGGUAGUGAGGAUGAAGGAUGCGCUGUCCCCUCAGUGAAUCCUGUGCAGUCUCUGGUGGGAGAUGUAGGAGGAGGAAAGGAUCAGGCCUUUGAUGAUAUUCCCAGUGUGGAAGAGCUUGUAAAUGUGACACCUGCUUUUAUAUCUGAAUUGUCAUUGGCUAAGUACCUAGAGAAUAAACAUGCUGAUGAUGAAUUAGGACUUGGUGACACAGGCCCCCUCUUAAGGGAAAGUGAUAGACAAGAAUCUUUGAAAACUGAGGCUUUUGCAUCUGGCAGUGCUGCCUCCUGGGUACCCAUUCUGUCAAAUUAUGAUGUAGUGAAAGACUCUGAGUCAGAAUCCAGAGAAAAUGCACCAUUUCUGGAGCCCCGGGAUGGAGAAGAGUGGAAAAGAGCUGUUCCCCUCAUUUCUGCCAUGCCUGGGGAGUUGGCAGCCACAGAAAGUGUGCCCCACCCUGAGAGCUGCGCUUCACUCUGGACAGCACCUCCAGGAACCGUGGCCAGUGCUGGCAGUGACAGUGAGCAAGUAGACCUGGAAAGGCUGGAGAUGAAUGGCAUCUCUGCAACACCCAGUCCUCACAACGAGUCCACAGAUACAGCCUCUGACUCGGAAGGCCACCUCACUGAGGACAGCAGUGAGGUUGAUUCAAGUGAAACCACAGUGGCAAAGGGGUUGUUGAUGGGCAGGAAUGAAAAGCAGGAUGGGGACUCAUACGUCUCACUGUCCAAGGUGAGCAGUAACCUAAGUGUGCUUAGAAGGACAGAAGGGAUAGCAGCUUCUCAGAGCUGGGUGUCUAGAGUAUGUGCAGUCCCACACAAGAUCUCAGAGUCCCUGCUGCUGUCCAGUACUGAGUGCCAGCCCAGGUUCAUGUGCCCACCUAAGCCUGCUUCUUCAGUGGAGGUUACCAACCCUCUUGUGAUGCACCUGCUGCAUGGUAACUUGCCUCUGGAAAAAGUUCUUCCUCCAGGUCAUAGAGGCAGCAAGCCAGAAUCCCCCCAGCUGCCACUUAGAGAGCAGAGCCAGGGUAGAGGCUCUGUACAAGGUACUGGGGAAGACAAUCACCUAGUUGCCAGAAGCAGCCCUGGUUCUGCACUGGCUUGGAAGGAGUCUCUUCUGGCCCAGUGCUAUGCAGGUCUUGGAAGGGCAAAAGCCUCCCAGGCUCUUGGAAUGCCCCAGAAGAUUGCCAAAAUGGUUCCAAGUUUAGACUCUCAGCAUCCAUUGGCAGAACUGACAUCCUCCUCUGGCAACCUGGAAGAAAUAGAUUCCAAAGAUCAUUUCUCUUCUUUCCGUUGUGAAGAGCAGAAAGAAGCCCAUUCCCAGUCCCAAGGCAGUGAUCCUGGUACUGCCCCAGGCCAGUGUCCAGGGAAUCACACUACCUCCGAAGUGCCAUGUUUCUCCUCUGCAAAUGUGAGCCUCUCUUUUGGUCCUGAGCAGACAGAUAGGACCCUGAGUGAUCAGAACAAUGCUGGUGGUCAAGAGAAGAAACUAUUUGGUCCUAGGAAUACAUUUCCCACCCUUCAGUGCCCCAGGUCUGAAGAGCAGACACCACUACCUGCUGAGGUCCCUCCAGUUUUUCCUAGUAGGAAGAUAGAACCAAGCAAAAACUCAGUAUCUGAUGGCAUACAGACUGCAAGGGAAGACUGGACGCCGAAGCCAUCGCCUGAUUCUCCUGGUGGCAUCAAGACUGAGCAGAUAUUCUCAAGGGGUCCCCUUAAAACAGAUGCAGAGAAUAGAAAAGCUGCAGGUUAUAGUCCUCUGGAACUAGUGGGUCACUUGCAAGGGAUGCCUUUUGUUGUAGACCUGCCUUUCUGGAAAUUACCCAGAGAGCCAGGGAAAGGGCUAAGUCAGCCCCUGGAGCCUUCUUCCAUCCCCUCCCAACUCAACAUCAAGCAGGCUUUGUAUGGGAAGUUCUCUAAACUUCAGCUGAGUCCCACCAGCUUUAAUUACUCCUCCAGUUCUGCCACCUUUCCCAAAGGACUUGCUGGCAGUGUGGUGCAGCUGAGCCACAAAGCCAGCUUUGGUGCAGGCCACACUGCAUCACUCUCCCUGCAAAUGUUCACUGACAGCAGUGCAGUGGAAAGCAUAUCUCUCCAGUGUGCAUGCAGCCUGAAAGCCAUGAUCAUGUGCCAAGGCUGUGGAGCAUUCUGCCAUGAUGACUGCAUUGGACCCUCAAAGCUCUGUGUAUUGUGCCUUGUGGUGAGAUAAUAAAUUAUGGCCAUUGGAAACAUUGUACACUUAGUGUGUGUAUUUUAAUAAUGGUUGAUCUUAAAUCUGUAUACAGAAAAUCCUUGCUAAAAAGAACUAUCUCUAGGCAAGAUAAAUCUUGCCUUCCCCUAAAAUUUAUAGUGUUUGAGCGCUCUGUCACUUGACACCCUUCUAGUCUUGCUGGGAGGGUUUUCAAGGGGCCGGGUGGACUUGUGGUUGCCUACAACCAGCCAGCCUAACCCUCUUGGAGUCAGGCAGUGCAGUGUGGCAGGGCAACCUGUCUGACACCCAGAUGGACUUGAAAUUGAAGCAGGAAGGUUGGGUUCUCCAUGGAUGGAACUCACCUACCUGAACUGAGCAGGAAUGUCAGUCUUCCACUGCCCCUCCCUGCCAUCUUCUGCUACUUUGCUUGGGGAAUUGAUGGUUGCAGAAGCCACACAGGGUUAAAGUAACUUCCGUCAUUGCCCACCAGGGGAUCAAACACCUGCUGAUCUUGAUGUCAUAUUUCUGUCAUUUGCCAGUUGAUGGAGCCAAGUUGACCUUUGGUUCUGGUGCUUUACCCAGUUUGGAACUUUUAUCUGUCUGUAACCCACGGAUCCACAGAUUCUUUUGGAAGCUUGAAUAGCCCUUCUUGAACAAUGGGGUAUGGAAAUAGGGCUGUCUGCUAUGGAAAUGCUAUCUGUAGACCUCGAAAGUCAACUGUACAUAUGUUUGCAGGGGACUCCUGCUUACUACCCACCCCGUCACAUUUGACCGUGGGAGCGGGCACCCAUGCACCUGUGUAUGUGAAAGUCAUUUUACAUUUCCAAGCAGUCUUGUUUCUUAUUUUUAUAUUUUUAACUCUAUUCUUGGAUGUAUAAAGUGAACUUUUUGGCUUCUGUAAGUAUGCUCUAUGCACCUCUAAUGUUUUACCUUGUAUUUAUAUGUUGUACACAGUACCGGCCAAUUCUGUAAAUGGAUGUAUUGUACAGAGAACAUGACCAUCUCUUCCUUAUUUUACGUCUUCAGCACCCUUGAUUAAAAUGGUGUUGUUUACUUCUGUGCACCAAUUGUCAGAGCCACUGAGUGCUGUGCUGCUGUCUGAUGUGAGAAGGAAGUUACUGACUUGUGACCUAUGGUUGGCCCUGUGCCUUGUCACCUGUCACCAGGGAAUCUCCCACAGCCUCUAGCGCCACAGACAGCUGCUCACACACCACUGAGCAGACAUGUCUUGUUCCUUGUAUCUAUUCCCUUCCAGCCUUGAGUGGCUGCUCCGCUGCCAUAUAUGACAAAUCACCAUCACCAGUGUUCAGUGCUUCUGGAUUCAUGGGUGAGUUCCUUGGGCGGCCCCUAGACAGGCCUUUUGGAUCUGGCUCCAAGGUCGUCACCUGUCAAAGCAAUAUUAGGGAUCGCUAGGCUUCUUUCAACUUACUUUUGACAGAUUUCAGGGGAACAAAGCCAUGCUUGCUGCCUGCCUCUCUCCUAACACGUUUCCAUCAAGUAGAAUUUGGCCUCAUCCCAGUCCCUGCCGUUUCUUGUAUCUUCACUUGAAGGUUGGGAGCCCUUGUUUAAUUUAGCUGUCUCCUGUGUGAGUGCUACUGUAUGAAGUAUGAAAAUUUGUGUGCCUUGAGCGAAUUUCACUUUUCUCCAUAAGUUGCCCCUCCAUUUCAUCUGAGGUGACUGUCUUUUGGGGGAAGGGUGUCCAUCAAGUGUGAGUGAGGAGCUGGUAGUGAUGGGAUACAGAUUCAGUAUUGGCCGAGUUCAUGUUGUGUGCUCAUAAGUCUCUUCUACCAAAGACCAGGAGCAGGAGCCAAGCGUGUCCAGUCUUCUUCUAAGACCUUUGCCGUCUCAGAAGUGAAACUUGACAAUGGGGCUGCUCAGAAAAGCGCUGCUCUUGUAUGUCUCAUUGGUAUUGGAAAAAAUAAACCUGUACAACCUGUACUUGUCUCCCUGUCC